CAGCAUUGCAUGGGGAGAAAUGAAAUUUUGCUAAAUUGGCGCGAGGGAGAAGGAACAUUGCGUGGACCUUCUCUCUGCAGCGAGAAAGUGGCCUGAUGGCUGGUGCCACCACGUUCUGCCCCUGUGGCAGCAUUGUUCAGCUUGAAUCCUUCUCAUCGGCUAGGCCAUCAUCUCUGAGACAAUCCAAUGUUGCCCCCUUUGCGCACCGAAUCUCUUGCACUCCUGCCUGCAAAACGCACCUACUCGAAUCAAUGAGCUUGUGUGGUUGCGGUCCAGUGUCGCAAAGACCUCUUGCGAUGCAGAGUACCAUUGGGGUGCUGCCGAAGAGAAUAAGUCCUGUAAGAGCCCCCUGCAGUGCAUUGGCGGACACGGCAGGAACGGUGGUGAAGGAGACUGCCAGCGCAGAGGUCCUGCGGAUAUGGCGGAGCGCGGAGGCUGUGUGCUUCGACGUCGACAGCACUGUGUGUGUUGAUGAGGGGAUCAAUGAGCUGGCGGCGUUUUGUGGUGCCGGGGAGGCGGUCGCUGAGUGGACAAGAAAGGCUAUGGGUGGCGGGGUGCCGUUUGAGGAGGCCUUAGCCGCCCGGUUGAGCAUCAUCAAGCCAUCCAUGAAGGACGUAGCUACGUAUCUGGCCGCUCACCCCCCCAGGUUAAGCCCAGGCAUCGCAGACCUGGUCGGGACUUUGCAACAGAGAGGCGUGGCUGUGUAUCUCGUGUCGGGGGGGUUCCGGCAAAUGAUUGAGCCCGUCGCCGAAUUAUUGAACAUAUCCACCGACCACAUUUACGCAAACCGGUUACUAUUCACCGAGGACGGCGAGCACGCGGGAUUCGACCCGGCCGAGUACACCGCGAGGAGCGGCGGGAAAGCGAAAGCGGUCGAAGAGAUUAAGAAGAGGAAUGGCUUCUCAACGGUGGUGGCGAUAGGCGAUGGCGCCACCGAUCUGGAGGCCCGGAGACCAGGGGGAGCCGAUGCGUUCAUCGGAUAUGGCGGAAUAGUGGUCAGACCUACUGUUGCAGGAGCUGCGGAUUGGUUCGUGAGGGACUUUCAAUCACUUGUUCGAUCACUCGUAGAUCAGAUUUAAACUGCGGCCCUGUGCACAGGGGUUGCGGUAUGUUGGCGAACAAAAGUGCGCGAGGCAAUUACCAAGGACGAGCAUACUGUUGCAUGCGCACGGACUUAAGGAGAACGGCAAAUUUGAAUGACGCCGGUUGUUUAUGUAAAGGAUAUGAAGGUAUUCAAUGGAUAUAUGUGGUCGCACCCGAAGACAAGGAUUCAGCAAUUGGUUUUCGAUCAAUGCACGGCAGUUGUUUGGCCGGCCGCGUAUGACUUUAAAACCGUG